UUGGACUUCACAGUUCGUCUCCGUCGUCGUCGAUCGAUUCUUCAUCUGUUUUCGCAAGGAAUCCGCCAGGAAACUGUAGUUUGUUCAAAUGAAGUGACCCACUAGAAUAUUCCCUAAAAAUUUAGUAAUAAGUGAACUUAGCUGUGAUUCUUACCUUGGAGGAACAAGCUACAGUGUUUCUGAGUUUCCCGAGUCAUCCGUGGCUGUGAGUUCGGUGGAUUGUUCCGGUUCGCUAAGGCGCUCCAUAGGAUAUACCUAGCACGAAUUGGAAAGAUGUCUGCCGGUCCAGUGCUACUGUUGUCCGUACUCCUCUCUGGAUACAUCUACUGGAGUCUCGCUCAACCCACCAACGUCCUCGAAAUCCGCUGCAAGCUCUACUCGGCCCCGGCCGUCCAGAACACCGGCGAGUGCGUCCACGGAGCCGAGCUGAAUCCCUGCGGGAAGCUAUCGUGCCUAAAAGGGGUGGGCGACAAGUGCGGCGAGAGUACCGCCGGGAUCAUCAUGUCCGGCAAGUGCGCCAGCGGUCUGAUGUGCUGCGGCGGGCAGUGCGUCGGCUGUAAGAACGGAAUUUGCGACCACCGGUUGUGCCCACCGCGUCUCACCAUGAACGGUCACCAUCCGUUCGGGCUGGGACUGAUGGCCGGCAGCUCGCAACAGCAGCAACCCGUCGGGGUGUUCCCCUCGCUGUACAAGAUGUUCGAUUACUAUAGCAGCGAGUCGGAGUAGAGGGGGCAGGAUUUGUUUGGAAUCUCAUGAAUACAAUUUUGUUUAGGUGGGUGGGGAUAGACUGAGGAAAUUCCAUUUUUAAUCUGUAGGAUAUGAAAUAGUAGUUGUUAUACCAAGAAACUUGAACCAAUAUGCAAUGGUAGCCAUAUUAUUCUAAUCAAAGCAGGUCACGGAUGCUAAAAGUACAAAGUAGGCGCUGGCGGAGCGGGGAAUUGUUGCGAAAUUAGGACGUAGGACGUACGUACAUUAUACAUAUAACCGUAGCAAAUGUCUAAACACACAUAUGUAACACUCUAGUAGAACCAAUGAACCAAUUUGUAUGAAAUUUAUAGCGGACAAAACAAACAAAAAAAUUGAUGUGAUAUUAAUGCAUACAGAAAAUGCCAAAAAUGACGCACCAAAUAAA